UAUGAAUUGAUAACAUUAAAAAAAAGAAAAGAAAAAAGAGAAGGCAUAUUCCUUACGCAAUCCAUUUCCAAAUAUUUGGAUAAUCACAAUUGGAUUUGGAGCGACGUAUAGAUUUUUAGUUUCCCCCAAAUUCUCUCAAGUUUGCCAAUCAUCCCACGCCAUGGCCAAGAGCUCCUUCAAGCUGGAACACCCCCUCGAGAGGCGACAGGCUGAAGCUGCCCGUAUUAGGGAGAAGUACCCAGACAGAAUUCCGGUCAUUGUGGAAAAGGCUGAAAGAAGUGACAUACCUGAUAUCGACAAGAAAAAGUAUCUUGUUCCUGCUGAUCUGACUGUAGGGCAGUUUGUGUACGUUGUCCGGAAAAGAAUCAAGCUCAGUGCUGAGAAAGCCAUAUUUGUUUUUGUCAAGAACAUUCUCCCUCCCACUGCUGCAAUGAUGUCUGCUAUCUACGAGGAAAACAAAGACGAAGAUGGCUUCCUAUACAUGACCUACAGUGGAGAGAAUACCUUUGGAUCGCUUUGAAAACAAAGGUCGAACUGGGCCUUGUAUAUCCUCGAACAAAAUCUUUGUAAAAAUCUCUUGAAUUCUCUCUAAGCGUUAUUCUCCCAAAAGGAUGGGUCUUUGAUGAUUUCGUUAAACUUAUGGAUUUGAAUGUUGUUAUUCAUAUUCUAUGGUGAAUUUCAAUGCAUAUCUACCGUUUCCAGUA